GUGCAGUAUAUAUAAAAAGAAAGCUUCUAGCUGAUAGUUUAGUCUUGAAUUGGCUGCUGAUUUGACUAGAAAUGUCGAGAAUUUCCGUGUUCUUGAUUGUUGUAUUAUUUGAUCAAACGAGCCGUAGAUUUGUGUCGUCGUUGAGAUUCAAUCCACUAAAUGGCCAACAUCUCAAUGUUAUUUGGCCUCUUUGGGAUGGCAAUCCAAAAGGACUUUCGGGUCCUUUUAGGGGUGGUGCCCUCCUGGAUUCUUUGGCAGAUCAUCUUAAUUUCACGUACACAAUGGUAAGAGUUACGGAGAACAUACUAGAGCCACAGCCGCAGAGAAAACAACGAGGACUUUUCAAUUAUUUAUUCGAUAAACAAUGUGAUUUGCUUGUCACGGGCGUGGCAGCAACAUCAGAACGUUUGAGAGUAGUUGAUUUGACGGUGCCUUGGACUUACGAAUGUUACGCUUUUCUCAUUCCCGUCCAGGAGCAAAUAGCCAAUAUCUUUGCUGCCAUCAAGCCAUUUCAAUGGCCAGUCUGGUUGGCACUGCUCAUUUCCAUAAUUUGCGUCAUCACCUGCUUGAAUCUUUUACAUCAGGAAGAUCAACUUAAACGCCCAUCAGCGGUACGAAGAGCUGGAAAUUAUUACUUCUACGUGCUCGGCAAUCUGUUGUCACAGGGUAGUGCUUGCACAUCAAAGCGUUUAGCAGUGCGUCUUGUAGCUGGUGUUUGGACCCUAGCGGCUUUUGUUUUUGUACAAGCGUACACGUCCAUUCUUUUUACGUACGUGAUGGCUCCAAUCAAUCCACCGCUAAUCAAUUCCGUUUACGACGUUAUUGAAAACAGUGACAUCAAUUUACUUUACAGAAAAGGAUCUACGCUAAACGUUUUGGUUUCCGAUCCGGAAGCUACUGGAAUAUUCUUGAAACUCCAAAAUAAGGUCAAAACUUCAAACAGUCCUCAGUGCAACCUAAUAUCAGAGUGUAUCAAUAUGAUUACACCAGAAUCUACAAAUGUCUUUGCUAAUGCUAGAUCCUUCCAAUUAGAUGCCAUCAGAGAGAACUUUGAGCAAACUGGGAAAUGUGGACUCGAGUUGGCGAGGGAUUGUUUCAUGGGUAUACCUGUGACGCUUGCCCUGCCAAAACACAGUCCCUACACCGAUGCUGUCAAUUUGGGGUAA